GAAAAGAAAAGAAAGCAAAAGGAUCGCGUUCUCAAUAGAUAAUAAAUAAUUAUCGACUUACCUAAGAUAGAAGUAGCCUUCGGGAUCAUGAAUAUCCGACGGCUUCCUGGUUUCAUGUACCACUACAAGGUGAUCACUCUGUUCCUCUUCACGACCAUACUUUUUGUCAUCUAUCUACUCCUUCACUGGGGUAUUAUGUGCACGAAUCUCGAGGCCUGGCGACACGUAUCCAACGUGUGCAGUACGCACAAAAAAGGAGUUGCAAUAGGAAUUCUCUGCGAUCCACUAUGCGCGGAAAGAAGGAUUCACUCGCUUGCCUGCGAAACGCUGCACGGGGGCAAAGAAGCAGUCUUCUCGGCUCAUUGGGAGACAACUCGACUCGUGUUCAAGGCUUCAAGAACGAAAGCCCCAUCGGAGCAGUUCGAGUCGUUAUUCUGGACGGACACGAGCGGAACGAGGCACUUCCCGUCCGAGACGGACUUCAACACCAUGAUCAAAGAUCUGGUCGUUAGCAAGCUGAACGUGACGCUGUCUCAGCAUCAAUUAGAGAGGCUAGCGCGGCUUCGUACGCAUCGUGUCGAGACCGAGCCCAGAAGGCGACAGCUCGAGAUGGAAAAUCUGUGGCCGCUGUUACAGGAAAACGAGUAUCUGAUGAGCAUUCUGUACGAGGACAGGGACAUUUUUCCACAGUUGAUUGGCACAUGCGGGACAUUCUACGCGGUUGAAUAUGUACGACCUAUAGAAACACCCACGACAGUCCUCGCGCUCUCCGAUUCGAAACCGGAAUGGGCGAAACGAUUGAAGCUAGCCGUGAUGAUACUGGACCUGCUCGAAGAACUCGACACCAACUUUCCCGAACCGAUACAUCUGUGCGAUGUGAAGAUAAACCAUUUCGGUUUGCCUUUAGGCGGGCAGAAACUCAAGUUCCUCGAUCUGGACGCGGUAUUUCCUAAAACGAUUAUCAGCCGUAUCACUGCGGACAGCAAGAGCUGUGAAAAACACGAGGAUUGUGAUUAUUUCGAUUGCAGAUCUUUCUGCUCGAAAAAAAAACGAUGCGAGUCACCGGUUGCCAACAAUAAUUUACAAAUUGUAUGCGAGAAAAUAUUUCUCGGUUGGACUCUCUCAGGGACUCUUAUAAUUCCUGGACUAUUAAUGUCAGAGCAUACCACUAGCUCAUUGGCAGUUCUUUUGCGACAAUGUGCGAAUCCAGCUGGUGACAUCGAGCAUUUACCACGUGCUGCAGUACCAGACAAUCUCAAAACGCGAUUAUACAAUAUGCUACAUGAAAUGGAACAGGAGGUUGCUGCUUCUGUUUAGAAAUGUUUUAAUUUAAACACUAAAAAUCUAAAAAAUAUCAAAGAUCUUGGUUUCUAUGAACAGAUAUAGAUACAUAUAGAUAUAAAUACAUAUUUUCAAAAGUAUUGAGUUAAAAUGAUGAAAGAUGUUGCAAGAAUUAAUUUAUUGUAAUGAAAAAAUUAUUAUUAAA